UGGUUGGGGUCGUGCUUCUAUUUCUUCCAACAUGAAGCUGCCAACUGAAACUUCUGCACCUCCAAGCAAUGCUGGCUCGGGGAAUGGUUAUUAUGGCCAGAAUAAUGUCAUGUUGAUCCUUGCUCCUCCGAGCCCUGACCCUGCUGAGAAUGGGGAUUUCUCCGAAUAUUUCUGGAUGGAGAACGAAGAGGAGUUUGAUCAGCAGGUCUUGAAGGAACUGGAGGAGGAGGCAUUGAUGGAACAGUGCAUGCAGGCCAUGAUUGACGACACCUCGCCAAUGAACAGCCCAGCGUCCUGGCAGCAGAACUCUACUCCAUCCUACUUGCCUGAAGUUCAGAAUCUACCCGGUUCUGACAUUGUCAUGGCUAUGAGAGGACUUCAAGUAAACGAAAUGGGCAAUGGUACAGAGGACCACAAAAACCAACCCAAAUCUGAGUUCAAGUUUAACCCAAUGGCCAAAGAGUUCAUCCCUGGCAUGUCGUGGUAUCCUGGAGUUCAGUGCAAUGACAGGAGUCCCAGAAUCUCAGAACUUGUUGACAACCAGCCUGAUGCAUAAAUUAUCACGCUUGCAUGUGUGAGUCCAACCGUACGGAACGAGAGUGACUUUUGCUUCACUGUUAUCAGUGGAGCUUUGUAUAAAAGUGAAUGGUUGUGUGAAAACUUUGUGAAAUGCAGUAUUUUUCUUUUAUUUUAUGGAAGAAACUUUGAUAGCAGUUCAUGCUUCUAUGUCAUAUCCAUGUUGGAUAUUUUAUUACCUAUUUGUUUCUAUGUCAAUCUUCCUUUUCACUGUUUUAGAGUAAUGCAAAUGUUUUGUUAUUUGUGCUGUACAUCUUGGUGGAUUUCUGAGGUUAGGCUUGUCUUAAAGACUUAUCUGCCUCUCCAUUCAAGUGUUAGUUUAGUCAAUCAUUUUCAUCAUCAACUUCAGUUUAAAGAUAACAUUUACUGUCAUACCUUUUUUUGUGUUACAGUACUUUCCCCCCUUAUAAUUGUUUUUAUGUUAAAACCUUAUUGUAUCAGGGCUGUAUACUGCAGAUUCAUUUAUUUCCUCCCCUGUCAUUUUAAGACUAAGUGAUUGUGAUGAAUUAUUUGUCUACUGCUGUGAUUAUCUUUGUGCUCAGCCAUGGAAUGAAAUCGUCCGAGCUGUACAAUUAGUUUCAGUGAGGAUCUUCCUAGAAGAAGUCCCUGAUGCGCUGCUUUGAACCUUCACUCAACCCCGUGUGAUCUUCAUUUCGUUUUUAACAAUUAUCAUAUAUUUGUGUGACUGAAAGUAUGUGAAUGAGGAUGAGUAUGUAUAUGUGUGGAACUUCUGUUUCUUUUUCUUUUGCUGAAAUUUUUGAGUGUGAGUUUUACCUAGUUCAUGAUGUUGGUUGUUUUGGAACAAAUGCUAUCCCUCUGGGUUCUGUAUGGCUAGACUCAUUCUGGUGUUCAGACAUUAAUCAGACAUUCAUAAAAAAGAAUAAAAAUAUCCAUGACACUGUAGGUAUGUCAGGAGUGUCUAAAUUUAGUAGAUAAGUAGGGGUUUGUCUUAUGAAGUAUAAUUUUAUUUGCCUCAAUGUUAAUAGAAUCUUGGCUUCAUAUUUUGUAUCUAUAUUAAGGGUUUUUUCUCUACUUACAUUAUUCUUCUUGUUGGUGGUAAUAUGAGAUGUAUCGGGUGAUAAAGAUGUUGCUGAAAUCAUGAAGUGAUAACUAGCUGUGCUAACCCAUUAGUCAAAUCUUGACAGUUAUUAGUUGAUUUCUUUUGAUUUUCUUUUUUUUGUGGUAUUUGGCUAGAUUAAGUUUAGGACAACGAUUUAGGGUUGCAUCAAUUGGUUACACACAAGAAUUUGAAACAGCAGGGAAGUUAAUCUCCGGAAUAUUACAAUUGAUUGGUCAAUUAUAUGUUGGACUUCAAUCUGUGGACUGAUCUGAAAGAAUCAGUUCUUGUAACUUAUUGUCUUUUUUGCAUAUUUUUACUAAGAAUUUCUAUGCAUUUGUGUUAAUGAACUUUAUCAAUUUCAAAAUCAAAUACUCCCUAUAUAACCGGUGAACUACCUGACCAUCCCUUCAAAUGUAGCAUAAGAACAAAAGACAAAACAAAAAUCAAACAAAAGUGGGAUGUGCUUUACUAAUAAAUCUCAACGUGCAGAUCAAGUACAGUUUAUUUUGUUGUAUUCAGUCUUGAAAACAAAGUAAAAACGGUCUUAACCUUAAGUUGGAUUUGCUUCUUGCUUUAUUUUUAAAAAUGCUAAUGAAAUGUCUUCAAAUCAAUUGUGUCUGCUAAUAUAUGUAUGUGAUUGUGAUUGUCAUUUCUCAGUUGUAUCAUAAAGACUGCAGUUGCUCUAGUAGCUAUGUAUGAGACAUUCACUAAAUGAAGCCUAGCCCAUGCAGGCUUUGGGGUAGGCAGACAUUUUAUUAACAAAUAAAAAAAAAUUGCCUUGUUUAUAUUUUAGCACAAAUUACCUAUUGACUAUAGAUCUAAUUAGACUUCCAUAUUUUUCAUGAAUGGAAAAAGAGGGCUGGAGUAAGUUGAAGGUAAAAUGCUAUGCAAAGGAAUUCAAUACAACAAAAAUUUGUGUCUGUGGUUAUUAGAGAAUCUUUAUCUGUUACUCGUUAAAGUACAGUCUAUCUAUAUUUUAAUAUGUUCUCUAAGAAAUAUUUUAUCACAGCCAGUGACUGGUGCCCCAAGUAGUAAUCCUUAUUGUUACAGGUUUUUCAAAUUUGGAGCUCCAAAAAUUGUCAAGAAGUUUCAGUGUUUUGAUUAGCAGCUUCCUUAAACAAAAUUGUUUUGCUUAUUGUUCCCAGGUUAACAGGCAUGUCUUGUAUUUUAUGUGGAUUACCAUUUGGGGCACACAGAUGUGGACUGUUGAAUUGUAAGCUUAUUAUUGUAAUUAUUUGUUUUAACAUCACUUAGAAAUGGUAAAUUAAUUAGAGAUUUAGUGUUCAUUUACAUUUAAAGACUUGCUUAAGAAUCUGAUGCAUAAAAUACUUUUUUCUCAAUUGUCCGUUGCUUUUGGAUUAUGCUGUCAUAAGUGGAUGAAUUGCUUUUAUCUUGUAUAACAUGUUCAGGUAAUGUCUAUGUUCAAAUGAAUUUUGUUAUCUUGCAGCUCAUUAGACAAACAUGCAUUAACAGAGGAGAAUCAGAAAAUGGUCUGCUGGUUUGAGACCAUGGCAUAUUUAGAUCUUUACUUGUGUGUUGUCCUAGACAUUGUUAGUCACUGCUAGUUAAACCAAGCCUUGUAAUGACCCCCUGGUAGUACUUAUGGAAAUAUCACACUUCAAAGCCCAUAGAUCAAAAUUAUGAGUAGUGAAUUUACAAUCUAAGUACAUUUUAAAGUUUAGAAGUGAGAUUAUGUCUUGAUGUGUGAAACAGUCAAAACAUAUUCUUUUCUUUUUUUUAAAAAAAAAGUUAUAAUUGGCAUGCGAAAGAUUGGUUCAAUUUCUUAAUGUUCUCUGUUCUGGCUUCUCAUCAGAGGGUAGCGAGAUCUCUGUCCUGUCCCUUUUCAUAUCUUUUGCUUUUUGAAGUAACUCUGGAUGUUUAUCUACCUCAAAUUUUCCUACUUGUGUAUGUUUUAUGUACUUAAUGGUCAUGGUGAUUGUUUUUUUUUUUUUUUAAUAAUUGAUCACAACAGGAAUCAGUUUAGUCUCUCAUAUCACUUCAGUGCAAUGACUCAGGCUGAAAAGAACUGGUUUCCUUGUACUCAAAAGAUAUGGGAAAGUGGAUAGUAUUUUUGGAUUACUUACAUUAGUUUACUCUCAACUGAUCUAAAACAAAAAGAAAAAAAAAAUUGACGUGAGGGCAGAGCAGGGAAGCAGAUGAAGCUUUGAAUGUUACAAGGUCUUUACAGCAUAAACUUGAUGUCCCCUGUGAAGUGUUGCAUUUUGUAUGGGUUUGUUUGGAGCAGAAAUACUGUGUGAUUGUCUUGAAACAUGUCAAUGUUUGUCUUGCUAGUCUUGGCUAAAAAGAGACCUGAUAUAUGUGGGAUGAGGAAGAAUAAAGAUGUAUAUUAAAAAUCAA